AUGGACCCUCUGUCCCCCAAACGCCCUGGCGAUACCCCGGAACCGCCUCGGAGCAAGAAACGGGCUAAAUACACCCAAGUAGCCUGUAAUGAGUGCAAGCGUCGAAAGCUGAAGUGCAGCGGCGAUUCGGUCUGCACGCGCUGCGCCCGCGAUGAAGUCGAGUGUAUUUAUUCGGGGAAUGCGCCCGCACUGAACCACGUCGGUUAUGCGCCCGAAGAGACGAAAGACGAUGGGUUAUCGACUCGCUUCCGCUCCGUCGAUUCUCAGAUCCAAUCCCUGCAGAGGGAAAUGCGCGCCAUGGCCGCGCGAAUGCGCCAGAUCGAGUCCUCCUCUGUCGCGGGGAGUGCGGCGCCCAGCGUCAUCCCGACCUCCGGGUCGACUGUCUCCUCGGCGUCGAAUACUGCCGGGUUGCAGCGCAUUAUGAACAGGCCGCAGAGUCCUUCGUUUGUGGGCCCGACGAGCGCGGAGUUCGGGCUCACGGGGCGCCAGAAGUCCACGGAUGAUAGCGAUGGCGAUGACCUUGCGUCUACGGCUGCGGCGAGCCCGGCCCCGGCGUCUGAUACCGAAGCCAUGUCGGCGGAUCCGCUGGGGUGUUUGGGGCUUACGGAAGCGUUGCGGUUGGUUACUGUUUAUGAGAAUACGGUCGGCUUGAUGUAUCCGUGUGUGGAUCUGGAUAGUGUCCGGGCUUAUGUGGCUGAGUAUUAUCGCACCGAGGGACGGCCGGGACCGAAUUCUCCGGCGACGAUGGAUCAGGAUUGGUUCUUUGCGCGCGAUGUCGAGGUGCUGAAGGUCAUUCUGGCGACUGCGCUGUUGGCGGAGUCGCAUGGACGCAGCGAGAGGGCGGCGUUUCUGGCUGAUAGUGUGGAGGAUCGGUUUGCAGGACGGGUGAAGAUCGCGGAGGUGGAUAUGAAGGAAUUGCUGAUUUUGACGCUACUGUCCAUCUUCCACUCCUACCGCGACGACGAGGUCAUCUCCUGGCGUACCAUCGGCAUGGCUGUUCGAGGCUCCAUGCAGCUCGGCCUCCAUUGCCAGGAGACCUGGCAGCAAACGGGGGGCGUCUUCCCUGGUGAACUGCAAUGGACCUGGGCCAGUCGGCUCUUCUGGUGUAUUUAUGUGCUGGAUCGCAAAUGGUCGUUUGGCACCGGCUUGCCCUUCGCCAUUCAAGACUCCGACAUGGAUACCAACCUACCUGAACCGGGUACAUCUACACCCUAUCUCACCUGCAUGAUCAACUAUGCGCGAUUGAGCACGAAGAUAUGGGGCCUGGUCGUUGGCUGGCGCAGUCGUCCUCGCUCCGCCACGUCGGACUACUGCUCAUAUCUCGACUUCCAAGUCCAGCAAUGGAUUCAGUCUAUUCCGCGCGAGUUGCGAUUCGAUCCGUCCCAGCGGAAGUCUGAUACCGAUCCGCAGGCGGAUAAUAUGAUGAUGCUCCAGGUGUUACUGGCCCUGCAAGCCAACCAGUUGCGGAUUCUAGUUUACCGACAGAAUCUGCUCACGAACGAAAGCAUCGAAACGAACGUCUCCGGCGCCACCACCGCCGUUGAGAUAGCCAAAAGUACCGUCCACAUGUUGGAUUUCUUCUCCCGCGUGUCCGACAUCUACUUCCAGCGCCCGGAGCCCUUCAACUAUUUCCUUAUAUCGGCGCUGGCGGCCCUUUUCCUGGCUGUCUUGCAUUCUCCGUCGAGAUUCAGCCAGCUCUGUCGUCCGGAGUUCUACGCAGCCGUCGACAUGGUGCGGAAAUCGUCGACGAGGGCGCGUACCUCGCGACGUCUGCAGAAGAUCAUCCGCAGUUUGAAACUGAUCCGAUUGAAUCUGCCCGGCCGGUCGGCGCGAGGGUCUCAGAAUCCCACCAAUCGACGAGGCUCUCAUAUCGGUCACAGAAAUGUCGACUCUGCGCCUCCGACGAUGGUCACCGCGUUUGACACGCCCUCUUCUCAGACGCAUUACCGCCCUCCGCCAACGUCUGGGACAUCUACUCCGCAGGUUCCCUCGUCCAUGUGGUCUUUUUCGCCUCCGAGGACGGUCCCGGAUACCUCGACGAGGCAGGAUACUACCUGCGAGGACCUGACGAGCUUCUUUGAGAUGGCAGGCGGGCUGUACUUUGAUCCGCGGGUGGGAGAACACGAGGAUUUAAUCACCGAUACAGUGGGUGAAGGAUUCGACGCGUUUAAUGCGGAGGACGAAGCGUUGACGAGAGUCAUGGCUGGACUACUUUGA